GAAGCCUUAAGCCUAUUUUGUUUCUUCUCUGAUUUUACGUUCUCUUCCCUGGUGAAGCGAGGGUGAGAAGAUGCCGGCUGGCCAUGGUGUGCGAUCAAGAACGAGAGAUCUGUUCGCUCGUCCCUUCAGGAAGAAGGGUUACAUUCCAUUAACGACGUAUCUGAGGACAUUUAAGAUCGGAGAUUUCGUCGAUGUCAAGGUUAACGGAGCCGUUCACAAGGGUAUGCCACACAAAUUCUACCAUGGCCGCACCGGUAGGGUCUGGAACGUCACCAAACGUGCAAUUGGCGUUGAAAUCAAUAAGCAGGUUGGACACAGAAUAAUCAGGAAACGAAUUCAUGUCCGUGUGGAGCAUGUUCAGAUUUCAAGGUGCGGAGAGGAACUCCGACUACGGAAGGUAAAGAACGAUCAACUAAAGGCAGAGGCUAAGGCCCGAGGUGAGGUCAUUAGCACAAAGAGGCAGCCAGAGGGGCCUAAACCAGGUUUCAUGGUGGAAGGUGCAACUUUGGAAACUGUGACCCCCAUCCCCUAUGAUGUUGUUAAUGAUCUAAAAGGUGGUUACUAGGUCAGCAGUUCAUUUUUGCCCUUGUUUCGGUUUUUGUUUUGGUAUUCUUGGACCCCUGCUGGGAUUUAGAAACUUUAGAUCUGAGUUUUGUU